AAUCAAUUACGAACUUCAAUUUUCAUCUAAAUUGUUGAGCUACAUGUCCUUUUAUUCGAAUUUCUGUUUUCAGUAGCCCAACUUCUCCAAGGACAACUCCAUUGUUAUAGGCAAACUCUAAUCUCACGAGACCACACAGAUAUGUUUGCCUUAGAUUCUCCUAACCACAUGCCUCCAACAAAAAGGUUUUCACAAUGAUAGUUUGAUUCAAACACAAAAUCUUUGCACUCACCAAGUUGUCCAUCUAAAAAAAUUAAAUUGUGUGGUCGAUUUUGAAACAUUUAUUCGAAUGAUUCUGACAUUCUAGCUAAAUCUCAUCACAAUCUCUCUGCUAGCUUAUAGCCUUUUGCUAAAAUAUUCAAACCCACACUCAUAUGAUAGUUGCAAAGAUGCUAGUCAGUUGUGGCAGGUAGUCAUCAGUUGCGCUUUCCAUUUUCAGCCAUCGAGAACAUUGAUCACAACGUCGAUAUAUUGUUGACAUGUAGUCUCAUUUUGUGUUAUUAGUAAUUAACAAUAAUUCAUCUCCAAUUUAAUAUGAUAAUUACAAAUUUUAUAAUAGAUUAUGUCGGCAUAUGACAAUGAAUUUCACCGGCCAUUAGCAGUUUUGGCAUGUUCUUAUGAGUGGUUAAUUGGUUAUGUUUAUUGGUAACAUAUACACAUGUUUCCAAAACACAAAACAACUGAAUUGAAAAUCAAUUACUUGUUGCUCGUAUAAAAACUAUGGUUAAAAAGAGAUGGGGAAAGACAAGUACGUACUAUUAUUUCAUCACAACCGGGGCUCAGUUCGUCCAAACAGAAGCACAUGAACACAAUGUCUUCAUUACUUUUGGACUAAUAAGUAAUAACCACACUAUAUAUAAGCCGUCUUUUAUGUGUAUUCCAAGUUCUUUUGAUGCUCAAAAUUUUAACCUCCAAGCAUACAUUUUUUUUUUUAUAUAUGUGUUGUUCCCACUAUUGAAACCAAUUGGGUGAUGAAUAUAAUCAUUGUAAUCUUAAUCAAUGAGGUCUAACUAUGCUCAUUGAUUUUAUCAUUCAAACAUUACAGCUACGUUAAAUCGUUAACUAUGUAUUACUACAAUCAUAAUACAGUUACGUUGAUGAGAGUUAUCCUUACCAUAUUUCCAUUAGAUCAAUCGAUCGAGACAGAACUACCCUCCCUUAGUAAGCUAGACGCUUAACCUGAUAUUGUUACAUGGGUAGUUGUGUUGAAAUCGCGCGGUUCUGAGAUCCACAUUGUAACUAGCAAAGAUCUUCGAACCGAGUCCAUCUAAAAACUUACCGCGGUUACCAACAUCGGUGUGCCAAAGUCCUCUGAAGCAAACGAUUUCGCCUCGUCUUAUCACAACCCAUUUCGAUACUCCAUCGAUUACACACACUUUAUCGUGUUCUCUAAAACGCAGUUAACUAUAAAAACCCGAAUCAAAACCGAUGGAGAAUUAAUGGGGGGCCCUAGAGGAUGAUGAGAUGAGCCAAAAAAAAAGGGCUGAACAGAGUAGACAGGAAGAAUGGUGGGGGAAAUGAGAGGCCUGAAUUCUGCCUCCUCCAACCCCAAAAACAUUUCAUUCUUCUUCCCCUUCCAACCCACUUUUGUUUUGCACAUAGGCCUAAUUGCCUCCAAAAACCUUUACCCUUAUCCUAUCAACCACCACCAUCUUCUUCAUUCUCAUUCCCCCUCCUCCUUCUUCCUCCCCUUUUUUCUUUUUUCCCUUCUGUCAAUUUUAACUGUCUCUCUCCCUUUUCUCAGUCAUCGCCAGCAAGACUCCAUUGUUCAUUUGCUGUUCACAAGCAUUACUUGGACCAAGUAAAAGGGAGGAUUGAUUCAGGUUGGUGGGUUUUGGGCCAUGCAGAGAAGGGAAAGAUUCAGAUUCUUCGAUUAACUCAAGAAGCUAAUUAGUCAUAUAAUAUAGUUCUCAUCGUCUUGUCGGGUUUGGAAAGUUGGGAGUAUAAGUUGAGCUCUUCGAUAGCGAGGAUUAACAGAAAUGGCGCCUAAAACCGGCAAGGCCAAGCCUCAUAAAGCCAAGGGCGAGAAGAAGAAGAAGAAGGAAGAAAAAGUUCUGCCGACGGUCAUUGAAAUCACCGUUGAAACGCCGGAUGAGUCCCAAGUCACUCUCAAGGGAAUUUCGACGGACAGGAUCCUGGACGUGAGAAAGCUACUGGCCGUCCACGUCGAGACAUGCCAUUUAAACAACUUCUCCAUCUCCCACGAGGUAAAGGGUCCCAGACUAAGAGAUUCGGCGGAUAUCGUCUCACUCAAACCCUGCCACCUCACCAUCUUUGAAGAGGAAUACAGUGAAGAGCAGGCCGUCGCUCACAUCCGCCGGCUCCUCGACAUCGUCGCCUGCACCACUUCCUUCGGCUCGUCGCCGAUCAAACCGGCCGAAGGCCGUACGAGUAAGGACGCCGCCGGGAAGGAUGUUAGUUCGACGGAAUCGGAAGCGGGUCAGAGCAACGGCGGCGAUGACGCGGGAGUCGCGAAGUCAAAAGGAGGCGCGGGAGGAGGAGAUAAGAAGGCCGGCGCGGCGGUCAACAGGAGUAAGAGCUUUGGAAAUGACACAGAUCUGUCUCCCAAGGGAGAUUCGGCAGCGGCUGCGGCUGCGAUUAACAUGUACCCGCCGCCGCGGCUAGGGCAGUUCUACGAGUUCUUCUCGUUCUCAAACCUCACGCCGCCGGUUCACUACAUUCGAAGAUCUGAUCGGCCGUUCCUCGAAGAUAAAACGAACGACGAUUUUUUCCAAUUAGAUGUUAGGGUUUGCAGUGGGAAGCCAAUGACAAUUAUUGCUUCGAAGAAAGGGUUUUAUCCAUCUGGAAAGCGCAUCCUUCUUUGCCAUUCAUUGGUUGGCUUGUUACAACAGAUUAGCCGGCCUUUUGAUACUGCUUACCGAGCUCUUAUGAAAGCUUUUAUAGAACACAAUAAGUUUGGCAAUCUUCCUUAUGGUUUUCGGGCAAAUACAUGGGUUGUGCCACCAGUUGUCUCUGAAAACCCAUCUGUUUUCCCCCCACUUCCAGUGGAAGAUGAAAACUGGGGUGGAAAUGGAGGCGGGCAAGGAAGGAAUGGUAAACAUGAUCACAGGCCAUGGGCAAAGGAGUUUGCAAUUUUAGCAGCAAUGCCUUGUAAAACUGCAGAAGAGAGACAGAUCCGUGAUAGGAAAGCCUUUCUACUCCACAGUUUAUUCGUCGAUGUUUCCGUUCUCAGAGCUGUGAGAGCAAUCAAGCAGAUCAUUAAUACUAAUCAGUCUUCUCUAAGCAAGACUGACCUGUUUCCCCACGAGGAAAGAGUUGGGGAUUUACUUAUUAAGGUGAUAAGAGAUGACUCUGAUGCAAGCACCAAGUUGGAUCGUAAGAAUGAUGGUAGUCUGGUACUUGAACUGCCACGGGAAGAACUCGCUCAUCGAAAUCUGCUUAAGGGCAUUACUGCUGAUGAAAGUGCGACUGUUCAUGAUGUUUCUACCAUAGGAGUUGUGAUUAUCCGGCAUUGCGGAUACACAGCUGUUGUUAAAGUCUCGGGAGAAGUAGACUGGAAAGGGAGUCCAAUUCCUCAGGACAUUGAUAUUGAAGACCAACCUGAAGGAGGGGCCAAUGCCUUGAAUGCCAAUAGCUUGAGGAUGCUAUUGCACAAGUAUCCAACAUCUCAAUUGCCAAAUACAAACCAGAGAUUACAGAGUGGAGACGCUGAAAAUGCACGUUCUGCUAGGGCACUUGUCAGGAAGGUACUAGAGGAAAGUCUACAGAAGUUGCAUGAAGAACCCAGUAAACGUGUAAAGUCCAUCAGAUGGGAACUAGGCGCAUGUUGGGUCCAACACUUGCAAAAUCAGGCUUCAGGUAAAACCGAUCCUAAAAAACCUGAAGAGAAAAUACCUGAACCUGCCGUCAAGGGACUGCUGGGAAAGCAGGGUGCCCUGCUGAAGGAGAUAAAGAAAAAACUGGAUGUAAAAAAUGGCAAACCAGAGGAUGGAAAAGAUAUUUCUCAAGGUAACAACACUAAGACUAUGAGGAAAUCAGAUGGCAUGGAUCAGAAAGAGGAGGAGGAGAAUAAACUUGAGGAUAUGGAGGUCACAUGGAAAAGAUUGCUUCCUGAAGCUGCAUAUCUGCGGCUUAAAGAAUCUGAAACUGGUCUUCAUCUCAAGUCUCCUGAAGAGUUGAUUGAAAUGGCACAUAAAUACUAUGCAGAUACCGCUCUUCCGAAACUGGUAGCAGAUUUUGGCUCUCUCGAACUGUCACCGGUUGAUGGGAGAACAUUGACAGAGUUUAUGCAUACUAGGGGUUUACAGAUGUGUUCUUUGGGCCGUGUGGUUGAACUUGCAGACAAACUCCCUCACGUACAAUCACUCUGUAUACAUGAAAUGAUUGUUCGAGCCUACAAGCACAUAUUGCAAGCUGUUGUAGCUGUUGCUGACGUGGCUUCUGAGCUGACUGCACUAAUUUCAGCAUGCUUAAAUAUAUUGUUGGGAACUCCUCCAGUUGAAACAGAGGAUGCAGAGAUUGUUGAGGAUGAUAAGUUAAAGUGGAAAUGGGUGGAAACCUUCCUUUCCAAGAGAUUUGGGUGGCAAUUGAAGCAUGAAAGCUGCCAAGAUCUAAGAAAAUUCACAAUACUUCGUGGACUUUCCCAUAAAGUUGGGCUUGAGCUCCUUCCCCGAGACUAUGAGGUGGAAAUUGCAUUUCCUUUUAGGAAGUCUGAUGUCAUAAGUAUGAUCCCUGUCUAUAAGCAUGCUGCAUGUUCAUCAGCAGAUGGCCGUACAUUAUUGGAAUCAUCCAAAACUUCCUUGGAUAAGGGGAAGUUGGAAGAUGCUGUUAACUAUGGCACCAAGGCACUCUCGAAGCUGGUUUCAGUCUGUGGCCCUUAUCAUCGAAUGACUGCUGGAGCGUACAGUUUGCUUGCUGUAGUUCUUUAUCAUACUGGCGAUUUUAAUCAGGCAACCCUUUAUCAGCAGAAGGCAUUGGACAUUAAUGAAAGGGAGCUUGGACUUGACCAUCCUGAUACAAUGAAAAGCUACGGAGAUCUAGCCGUCUUCUAUUAUCGUCUUCAACAUACAGAAUUAGCAUUGAAGUAUGUCAACCGGGCACUCUAUCUCUUGCACGUAACAUGUGGACCAUCUCACCCGAACACAGCUGCCACAUAUAUCAAUGUGGCGAUGAUGGAAGAAGGACUGGGAAAUGCCCAUGUUGCUCUUAGGUACCUUCACGAGGCUCUGAAGUGUAACCAGAGACUACUUGGAGCUGACCAUAUUCAGACUGCUGCCAGCUACCAUGCCAUUGCGAUUGCUCUUUCGUUGAUGGAAGCUUAUUCAUUGAGUGUUCAGCAUGAGCAAACAACAUUACAAAUACUGCAGGCGAAGCUUGGGUCUGAAGAUUUACGCACUCAGGAUGCUGCAGCUUGGCUCGAGUACUUCGAAUCCAAGGCUCUUGAGCAGCAAGAAGCUGCCCGUAAUGGCACUCCCAAGCCAGAUGCCUCCAUCUCCAGUAAAGGACACUUGAGUGUGUCGGACCUUUUGGAUUACAUAACUCCAGACGCGGAUCUAAAAGCUAGAGAAGCCCAGAAGAAAGCUCGCGCAAAGCUGAUUAAAGGAAAACCAGGCCAUUACGGGGAACCGGGCUUGUCAGACAAAUACCAGAAGGACGAAGAAACACCAUCCCCAACAACUUCCCACGUCGAUGAUAGCUCCAGCGACAAGGAGAACAAAUCCGUGACCCAGAACAAUGCUCCACAGGAAGAGAAAAAGUUCGAUCAGAAGCAGUCUAUAUCGAUCGAGACCGAAGUCGCCAUUGUUACUACACUGGAGGAAGACUCCGACAAAGGGUGGCAGGAAGCCGUCCCCAAGGGCCGCUCCCCUGCGAACCGAAAACCGUCUGCAGGUAGCGGUUCGAGGAGGCCGAGCCUCGCGAAGCUCAACACCAACUUCAUGAACAAUGCUUCUUCCCAGUCGAGAUCUCGCGGAGGGAAGCCGAGUCCAAACGAUUCUGCUGCUUCACCUGCGGCAGUUACUGUUCCCGCCAAGAAGUUCGUUAAGAACGCGAGUUUCGGCCCUAAAGUCAACCAAACCGGUGGUGGACCGGAGAAAGUGGUGAUGAAUCCCAAAUCUGCCCCUGUGACUCCAGCUUCCAACGACGCAGUUUUGAGACCAGUUUCGGCGGGAAACCAGAUCAGCGUUCAAGCAGCUGGGAAGCUUUUCUCAUACAAAGAAGUUGCUCUGGCUCCUCCAGGGACGAUUGUGAAAGCGGUGGCCGAACAGGUUCAAGUUCAGCCACCGCCGAAAGAGGGGAGGCGUUCGAGAGAACCGAGUCCUGAGGUCUUCACUCCUACCACUGACUCGGCGAGUUCAAAAAAUGGAGAGGAAGGAACAAAGUCACCACCACAAACAGAAGAAUCGGCCGAGACUAAGGAAGAAGAAAGAAACCCUGCUGAAACUCGAGCUUCUGCCGCUGCGGCUGACGAAGUUGGGAUUCAGGAAUCAGGAAAUGCAGUUGAGGAAGCAGUAUCAUCGACCAAUGUAAGAGUUCCCAAACCUGCUCCUGCAACUGAUGAAGAGCAGCAAGACGCAGAGGAGGUUCUUCAACCAGGGGAGAAACAUAAUGAAGCCCAGAAUGGCAAGGAUGGAACGAAGAAGCUCUCAGCAGCUGCACCACCGUUUAAUCCAUCUCCCACAACGAUUAUUCCAGCUUUCGGUUCUGUUGGGCUUCUGGCGUUUAAGGACCUCGGUGGGAUUCUGCCUCCGCCGGUGAACCUCCCUCCGAUGCUUCCGGUGAACCCGGUAGCCAUACGGAGGUCUCCUCACCAGUCGUCGGCUACGGCUAGAGUGCCCUAUGGUCCCAGGUUGUCCGGUGGGUAUAACAGGUCCGGAGGGAAUAAUCGGGUGCCAAGAAACAAUAAACAUUUCCACACUACCGGUGUACAUGUUCCCGCCGGAGACGGGAAUCAGUUGAGCCCGCCCAGGAUCAUGAACCCACACGCUGCCGAGUUCGUCCCGGUCCAACCCUGGCUCCCCAAUGGCUACCAAGCCGGCUCGCCCAACGUCUACCUGGCUGCUCCGACGACGAUGAUUGCCAACGGGUUCCCUGUUUCCCCGACCAGUAUUCCUCUCCCUCCCCCCAACGGAUACCCGGUUGCUCCGAUGAACGGGUUCCAGGAGUCUUCUCCUGUUAGUCCGGUAGAAGCCACUGCCACUGCUGACAAAAAACAAACUGAAACCCCGGCGGAGGAGAAUGAUGAUGUCGAGAGUUCAUCUCCAGCAGCAGAAGCAGAGAAUCAUGAUCACAAUGAGGCGGUGGCUGAGAAUGCUUCCACAGAGGAAGAAGAAAAGUCGGCUAAUUCAGCUUCCCCUCCUGCUGACAUCGCAGUGAAUCCGAUCGUCCAUGAGAAACCGGGGCAAGUCGUGGGCUGAUUACAGUGACAGAGAAGCCGAGGCUGUUGUCGAAGUUUCAAGUUGAAAGGAAGGGAUCCGAAUUCGGAACAACCACGAAACCCUUGAUCCAUUUUGUAGAUUGUCAGGUUGAUAUGUCUGAGCGAAGGAAGGAAAGGAGAGGGGUGCAAAUGCAGUCGCCAGUCGGGAAGAGAAACAAGCCUAGAAUAGCAGCAUUCUGGCAAAGAAGAUGGGCGACAGAGCAUUUCACUCACCGCCAGCAGGCAGGUUUUGCUGCUGCAGAUAAUCCCUGGUAUCGUUUCAUUGACAACUUUUCGACAUUUGUUCGUUCGUUUUUGUUUACUUCUUUUUUGGUUACCUCCAUCUUUUAUUCUUCCUUCAUUUGCUGAAGAAACCUUUUUUUAUCGG